GUUACACUUAAAGAUAUUUGUUAUCAGGUGCGCGCCGCGCGUUUGUUUAUACUAUACGUCCUCUUUCAAUUUCCGUUCUUGGUAUUUGUUAUUAAGUUUCGUUUUAUUGCAGGGAUAACUUAGCGGAAAUGGAAGGAAAACUAGGUUUAAUGCAGAAAAGAGCGAUUGAACGUUUCAUUGGCACCGGGACGAAGGAAUUUAAUCUAUUGUAUAGUUUUACACGUGAUGGGGCGACUGCAACAACAUUUCACCAAAAGUGUGACAACAGAGGUCCAACAGUUACCGUCAUUUACAACACGAAAGGCUCUGUGUACGGUGGUUACAUAGAAAAAAGCUGGGCCUCUGAUACCAGCGAAACCUAUUACAAAGAUGACAGGGCAUUCUUAUUCCGCCUUAUGUCUGAUGACAAGGUCGCCCUGAAUAAAUUUCCUGUGAAAAAUCCAGACAAAGCGUUUUGCUGCAAUGCUACGUAUGGUCCGAUAUUUGGAUCAGGUCAUGAUUUGAAUGUAUUCAACGGAUCUCUGACAGCAGAAGGUACACAAUACACACUCAAUGGAGACACAAAUAUGGGCAGUGCAUAUGACAUGGGUGGACUUUCAACUGACCAAGUCACAGACAGCAUUAAAACUGUACGCGACGUUGAAGUAUAUAGUUUAUCAGAAUCGUCAUUAGCUGGUGUCUGGAGAGAAUCCCCUGGCUGGGACUUUAAGGAUUUAGAAGAUCUGAAACAUUUUGCUGCAGCGUUUGCUCCCCCUUACGGCCUUGAUAUUGAUACGGCAAACAUCCUUAUACUAGGUCCAGUAGGAGCCGGAAAGUCAAGUUUCUUCAAUACUGUUGCCUCCGUUUUUCGCGGCCAUAUAUGUGACCAGGCUGUAUGUGGUAGUGCGGAGAAAAGUGUAACGUCAAAGUAUCGCAUGUACCGUGUACGAAGCUCGCAAAUUGAAAAGCCACUUAAGUUCUGUAUGUGUGAUACGAUGGGUCUAGAAGAAAGCCAAGGGAUAGAUAUACAAGAGCUGACAUAUGUUUUGGAUGGAAAUGUCCCUGAUGGCUACCAGUUUAAUCCAACCACACCAUUUUCCAAUGAUGCACAUGGAUUCAUCAAAUCACCAACGCUCGGACAAAAGAUCCACUGUGUAUGCUUUGUCUUUGAUGGUAACACAGCAACCAUUCUCUCUGAGAAAAUGCUGGAGAAAAUCAAGAGCAUGCAAGCAAAAGUGAGGCAAAAAGGACUACCACAGGCUAUUGUACUCACUAAAAUCGACAACGUUUGUUCCUAUGUUGAGGAAGACGUGAGAAAUGUUUACCAAAGCGAGACUAUCAAGCAGCUGGUCGAUAAAGUGUCUAACAUAUUUGGGGUCCCUCGCAGCUUCAUCCUACCAUUGAAGAAUUAUGAGAAGGAAAUUGACGUCAGGACUGACGUCAGCGUUCUAGCGAUGCAUACAUUGAAGCGGCUACUGUUGUCUACAGAGAAUCAUCUUUUCAACUUCUUAGACCAACUGGACAAGACAAAGAAACAGAAAUCGGUAGACAGCUUGGAUUAAUUACACAGUGGGCCACAUAAAGCGGUGUAUAGAACAAUUAUGUAUGUUUGAGAAGAACUAUAAUGAGGAACUAGAAUGAUUUGUUCAUAUGGUUUAUAAUGCUUUGCCGUUGUUCAUAUUGUAUUUGUGAGUCUCAUGUAUUUGAAUUUAAUUGAAGUGUGUACUUUUGCAAUUUCUUUAACUAAUGCCAAUACCCUAAGUUUUAAGGUUUAAUGUACAUCUGAAAAAAGCAAUGUUACAGUCAGUAUUAAGAUGUUAUAAAGCACUCUUUAAACAGAUUGUGUAAAUUUCGUGGUGUUGUAGUUUUUAGACAAUAUGAUAUAUAAUCAUAAGGAAUGUUUUGAUGUUCCUCGGCCUCAUUUUCCAAUUUAUCUGUCUCUGUUCUUAAUUUUCAUACCUGUCCAAUACUGUCUUGUUCCCUGCCGAUGAAUAACUAAACCUGCAUUCUCUCUAGUUUACUUAAUUGUCGUGGAGAAUAUACAUGUCAACUGUGACUGAUUGUCGUCAUGUAUUCCAACUUCAGCUGUCUUCUUUGUAGGCAUUUAUUUCACAAUUCUUUCUCAUGAACUGCUACCAUAUUUAUCUAUGAUAAUAUUUACUUUAGAUUUUAUAAUAAAUUUUGUAUUUUCUGUUUUUUUGCUGUAUCUGAACACUGCAUCAGCUUCGAUUGACCUCUGGCUGGUUUAAGUUGUAAAGAGCAUUUUGAACAGAAAAAAAAAAUGAUUAUAAGAUAAUCAUGUUUUGAAGGUUGAACAUGUUCAUACAAUAUGAUGUGGAUACAAAUAAAUCAUGUUUCAACAUGUUUUAAAAUGUU